GAGGAGGAGGAGCGGCGCCGUCGUUUCCAUGGCGCCGAGCGGGCGGGGGAGCCGGGGCUGAGGACCCCGCCCGCCCAUGGACCCCGCCGCGGCGGCGGCCGCCGAGGAGGAGGGCGGGGAGAAGCCGCCGGUGAUCUACACCAUGGAGAACAAGCCCAUCGUCACCUGUGCUGGAGAUCAGAAUUUAUUUACUUCCCUAUAUCCUACGCUUUCUCAGCAGCUUCCAAGAGAACCUAUGGAAUGGAGGAGGUCUUAUGGCCGUGCUCCGAAGAUGAUUCAUCUAGAAUCUAACUUUGUUCAAUUUAAAGAGGAGCUACUACCCAAAGAGGGGAAUAAGGCUCUCUUGACCUUUCCCUUUCUUCAUAUUUAUUGGACAGAAUGUUGUGACACGGAAGUGUAUAAAGCUACAGUCAAGGAUGACAUCACCAAGUGGCAGAAUGUUCUCAAAGCCCACAGCUCAGUGGACUGGCUAAUUGUAGUAGUUGAGAGUGAUGCCAAGAAAAAGAACAAAACAAAUAUCCUUCCCAGAACAUCUAUAGUAGAUAAAAUAAGAAAUGACUUCUGUAACAAACAAAGUGACAGAUGUGUGGUACUUUCUGACCCUUUGAAAGACUCUUCCCGUUCUCAGGAAUCUUGGAAUGCCUUCCUGACCAAACUCAGGACAUUGCUGCUCAUGUCUUUUACCAAAAACUUAGGCAAGUUUGAAGAUGACAUGAGAACUUUGAGAGAGAAAAGGACUGAGCCAGGCUGGAGCUUCUGCGAGUAUUUCAUGGUCCAGGAAGAACUGGCCUUUGUCUUUGAGAUGCUGCAGCAAUUUGAGGAUGCACUAGUGCAGUAUGAUGAACUGGAUGCCUUGUUUUCUCAGUACGUUGUCAACUUUGGGGCUGGUGAUGGUGCAAAUUGGCUGACUUUUUUUUGCCAGCCAGUGAGGAGCUGGAAUGGAUUAAUUCUCCGAAAACCAAUAGAUAUGGAGAAGAGAGAGCUAAUUCAGAAUCAAGAAGCUACUCUACUGGACUUGCGCAGUUACCUAUUUUCUCGCCAGUGCACGUUAUUAAUCUUCCUGCAGAGACCCUGGGAGGUUUCCCAGCGAGCACUGGAGCUCCUUCACAACUGUGUGCAAGAGCUCAAGCUAUUAGAAGUCUCUGUUCCUCCUGGAGCAUUGGAUUGUUGGGUAUUUUUGAGUUGUUUGGAAGUCUUGCAAAGAAUAGAAGGCUGCUGUGAUAGGGCUCAAAUAGAUGCCAAUGUUUCCCACACAGUUGGUUUAUGGAGCUAUGCCACUGAGAAGCUAAAAUCUCUGGGCUAUCUGUGUGGACUUGCAUCAGAGAAGGGACCCAAUUCAGAAGAUCUUAACAGAACUGUCGAUCUGUUAGCAGGGUUGGGAGCAGAACGCCCUGAAACAGCCAACACUUCACAGAGCCCAUAUAAGAAACUUAAAGAGGCCUUAUCAUCUGUAGAAGCUUUUGAAAAACACUACUUAGAUCUGUCCCAUGCCACCAUUGAAAUGUACACAAACAUUGGAAGAAUUCGCUCAGCUAAGCUUGUUGGAAAGGACUUGGCAGAGUUUUAUAUGAGGAAGAGAGGUCCACAGAAAGCAGAGGUCUAUCUUCAAGGAGCACUGAAAACUUACCUUACUGAGGGCUGGGCAUUACUUGUCACACAUACGAGAAAACAGUUAGCAGAAUGUCAGAAACAGCUUGGGCAAAUAGAAAAUUAUCUUCAAACGAGCAGCCUUUUAGCCAGUGAUAAUCACUUAACAGAAGAUGAACGCAAACGUUUCUGCCAGGAAAUUCUAGAUUUUGCCAAUCAGCAAGCAGAGAGUCAAGGUCAAAAGAUUAUACUGCCUAUGCACUCCUUUGCACAGUUGAAAACUCUACAUUUUGACCCUCCAAAUGCUGUUGUCCAUGUAGGUGGAAAGUUGUCUAUUGAGCUGACUUUGCUGAGCCAAAUGCCCAUCCCGGUCCAAGUGGAUCAGAUUGCCAUCUAUGUUCACUUCAGCAUUGAGAAGAAUAGUUACAGAAAAACAGCUGAGUGGCUCACUAAGCACAAAACUUCCAAUGGUAUUAUCAAUUUUUCAAAUGAGGUUGCAGGCUUUCCGUUGUCGAGAAACAACUUGCCAGCACUGGAGUUAUAUGAAAUGUAUGAACGAAGUCCCUCUGAUAACUCUUUGAACACAACAGGAAUUAUCUGCAAAAAUGUGCACAUGCUACUGCGAAGGCAGGAGAGCAGCACUUCUCUGGAUAUCCCCUCAGGGGUGACUCUAGAAGAUGGGGCUCACAUAUUGAAAUACAAUGACUUAAUACUGGAACCAGGGAUCAAUACAAUAACUUUCAAAACUCAGGCCAAAGAACCUGGGACGUACACUCUCAGGCAACUGUGCACUUCACUGGGAAAAGUACAGUUUGUCCUUCUUCAUAUUUACCCAAUUGCGCAGUAUGAUGUGUAUUCUCAGGAGCCCCAGCUAAAAGUGGAACCAAUGACUGAUAGCCUUUUGGCUGGUAUUCCACAGAAGGUGAAAUUCACAGUAAUUACUGGCCAUUACACCAUGAAGAAUGGAGAUACUUUGCAGCUCAGUAAUGCUGAUGCCAUGCCUAUUCUUUACCAUCCAGAGAGCAAGGCAGUCAUCUAUUCCAACACAAGGGAAAAGAUCUCAGAAUCGUCAUUAAGGAUUCAGUCUUCUGAAAAGAUUACAAGCAUCAGUUUGCCAGUGACUCCUGCAUAUCAUGUAAUUGAGUUUGAAUUAGAAGUCAUAUAUUUGCCAUCAACCCCAGAAUCUGCAGUGGAGAGAGAAAAUACUGUAAAAGAAGCUCACAGGAAAAACAAAGAGAAGCAGAAACCGGCCAAUCGCAUGGCUACUGUUGACCAAAAAGUAACCAUUGAUUGUCCUUGGUCAAUUUACUCCACUAUUAUCGCAUUAACAUUCUGCAUACCUUUUAAUGCCAAGCAUUCCUUAUUGUCAGCUGGCAAACGGAAAUAUGUGCAAGUCUGUAUACAGAAUUUGUCAGAACUGUGUUUCCAGCUUUCAGACAACAGCCUAAAAACUUCUGCUAAUUGUACAGAUUUGCAGCUGGUACCUCUGAACCCUGAAUCUCAACAGGUCAUACACAGUAAGCAAUCAAUAUUCUUUGUAUGGGAAUUGAAGUGGACAAAAGAGCUUCCUCUGUCCUUGCAGUGCCUGUUUUCAGUCAGCUUUUGUCCAGCUACCUCUGAAGAACAGUCCCUUUCCCUGAAGCCGUUCACUUAUGAAUUCCAAGUGGAAAAUUUUUUUACAUUAUAUAAUGUGAAAACUGAAAUUUUUCCCCCAUUGGGGGCAGAGUAUUGUAAAACAGGCUCACUCUGCUCUUUAGAGGUGUCCAUCACCCGACUUGCGGACCUCUUAGAAGUUGACAAAGAUGAAGCGUUAACAGAGUCUGAUGGGUAUUGUACAACAAAACUGAUGUAUGAGGUUGUUGACAACAGCAGUAACUGGGCAGUGUGUGGAAAAAGUUCUGGAGUGAUAUCUAUGCCUGUAGCAGCUCGAGCAACUCACAAAGUCCACAUGGAAGUGAUGCCGCUCUUUGCUGGAUACCUCCCCUUUCCUGAUGUCAGAUUAUUUAAAUACCUCCCUCAUCAUUCUGCUCACUCCAUGCAACUUGAUGCUGAUAGCUGGAUUGAGAAUGAUAACUUAUCUGUGGACAAGAAUGUGGAUGAUCAAGCUGACAGCAGCAGCAUAAGGAGCAGAAGUAGCUUGCAUUCUGCGGCUAGUGGGGAGCACAAAGGUUUGCCAAUGCCCCGUCUACAAUCCUUUUCAUCUGGUCAGGUCUUCAACUGCAGCACUGGUAUGCAAAUACUUGUUGUUCCCAGCAAGGAUGACCAUGUUCUGGAAGUAAAUAUCACAUGACAACUUGGUAUAAAAAUGAAGAAAACAAAGACCUUUAGAAACUGGAUAUGGAAGCACUUUAAAGGGUCACGACCUGAUUAGUCUUUGCUGUAACAUUCUAACUCUAACCAGACCUAUGGCACUUAAUGCUUACUGGCCAUGGAAGCACCAGACAAUUGUAUCAAUUCAAAUGUACAGUGAAGCUUGUGUCAGCUAGUUUAUAUUGCCACUUUAGUAUGUUUUGUGUAAGCUAUUGGGUUUUUUCCCUUCAAUCACAUCCUGCUGGUAAAGAUGCUUGCUGCAGUUUGUCCUUUAUGUAACUUGAGCAGCCUACAGUUUUGCUGUUUUUAAAAAGCCUGAUUUCUGUUCACAAAAAAAUUUUCAGGUUGACAAACAGUAAGCCUUGCAACGUGGCUAUAAUUGACUUGUGUGUGCCUUUCCAGUCACACGACUGUCUGGUUUUCUGGACUAGGGUAGCCUUCACAAUUUCUGAAAAACAAGGUGUGAUUCUGAAUCCCAUAGCAUCUAGAAGAUGUCAAAGAUAUAUAUAUAUUUUUUUUUUUCCUGAAGACUUGCUUAAUGUCUUCUAUGUGUUGGGAUAUAGGAAUUACGCUUGCCCCAAGAAAUCCUUUAGAACCAUACCACAUCCCAAGCUAUCCAGUUCUGCCAUAUUUUUUGAAGAUCAUGGCCCUUGAAUUUAAACCAGUGGCUUGGCAUGUGAGUAAAUGUAGUGAAUGCUCAUGGGACCAUGUUUUUUCCCUAGUGACUUAAAUGGGCAGAUGAACAUCAUAUCACAUGCAUUUUAUUAUGUGCUAGCUUGUUUUUUUUUUUUAAACCAAAGUUGUUUUUCCCCAUUUCUCCAGCCCUAAUUAGUGUUUACUUUUUUUUUUUGGGGGGGGGGCACCUUAAUUCCAGAGUUUUUGAAAGUAAAUAAUGCCGUUUGAAAUUAAAUUUACUUCACAAAUAUGGGAGAAGGAUUAAGGUCCUAAAAUUCAGUCUCUUCUGGUCCAGCAAACUGCAGUCAUACCAUACCAACUGAUUAUUUAUCAGUUGUAAAUUUUAAUGUACAUAUGGUUGACUAUUUAAAUAAUGUUACAAAUUAACGGAUGUAUUGUCUGUAUAAGUUGCACCAAAAAUCAAGGAUUAAAAAAAAUGUGUGUUUUUACGGUGUGAAAGUCACAGCUUGUAAAUAUGUGUAGUGUUUUAAACCUUUUCCAGAUCUCAAAAGCUCUGUAUUUUUGUAUAUAUAUAUAGGUAUUUCUCUGGAAUUCACAGAUAAAGAUGGUGGGAGGAGGGCUAAGAGGAAGAGAGGAAGUCAGCAUGAACUGGUGUAUCCAGGAGAUUUGUGGCCUCUCUUUAGAAAAAUUCUAUUCUGAGCCUUAAAGGAAUAACAAGAAUAUUUGCAGUUGAAUAGAUCCUUACUACAACACAGUAUAGGGCAACAAAAAUAAAAAAAUCCAGAUCUUUGAACUCUUUCUCUUUUUGUUUAGCAGCUGCCUGCUUUCUGUUUUCAUGCUUUCUGUAUGUUUCAGAAUUUAGUCAGUUGGAUGAUAUCAUUAUCUGACGUCUUGUAUUUUUAAGUAAUAAUUUACAGGUUAUUCGAGCCCUGUUCCAGAAAUACAACAAAGCAUAUAACAACUUGUUCGCUGAUGUAAUAGAACCCCGUUUUUCUUCUAGCAUCAGUAAUCCUUGUCAUUGAAAUCUUGUAUUUAGCUUCCAUCUUUUGCAUGCCUAAAUGCAUGGAGGAGGUAUUGCUAUUAACAGCCUUAACUGAACAAAAUUCUUUAAUUUUGAGGCGUUCCCUUUCACUGAGUAGACAUGCGUCACAUACGUUACGUGGGUUGGUUUGUUUGUUUGUUUUUCUAGAUGGCUUAUGUUCUUACUUAGUUCUUACCAAAGAAAGAAACUGUUAGAAUUUAAUCUGUGAUUAUUUGGCUUCGUGAGUUUUUAGAUGAGUUUCCUUUAAGCAUUUAAAUGUUCCAAUUUUUAAAUUGGGGCAAAAAUUUCAGUAUGAUAUAACACUUAAACAGUCAACCUUUCCUCCCAAAGGCUUAGUCUAAUUAUUACUGAUUAGAGGCCAAACUUAUGCAUUCAUGAUGGAAGAAAGAGGUUGGUUUUAAUAGGAAAGUUUGCAGAUAUAGCAUAAUUGUGAAACAAAGUGUAAAACGUGUAACUUAAUUUCAUUAUUUAUAUUUGAAAUGUAAAUAUAAAAAAGUGUAUAAAAAAGUGUAAUUUUUGUGAAUGUUGCAGUUUUACCUGUGACUGGAAAAAUUACAACUUCUGAUGUCCUGCUUCCGAUAUUGUGAGAAUUUAAUGUGAGAAUGACAUUUUCUACUUGCAGUUCUAUAAUGUUGCAUUGUCAGGACGCUCCACAGAGGAAAACUGUCCCAUAUCAGAUAUCUGUCAGUAAGGACAAAAGUAUAAAGAAGUGGAGAACUGCUCAUUAGACAGGUUUUCAGUAAUUGUUUUUCUUUAGCUCAGGUUCUGCUAAAUUAUAAAGGGAAGAAAAACACUCCAAAAGAAUGGUAAUUAAAUUAAAAUCCAAACCCUACAUUCAUCUAAGUAUUUUAAAAAUGUAAAGAUAUCUAAGUUAGACCUGCUAGUUGAAAACGUUAUCGUUACGCAUCUUCUUUCUGUGAAGGAAUGCCCUAUCUCUGUGGAAAUCAUAACACUUUAUCCUAGAGCAAACCCAAAGCACCAUUUAGUGUGAAUGACUGCUGUGAUUCUUUGACUGGAAAAGGUAACAAGUUAGUGACUUUGACACUGCAGGUACUAUAAUUAAUUCCAUUUUCAUGGUUUACUACUAAAUCAUUUUUCACAUUGUUCUGUAAAAUACUGUUAGAUGACACGCAUUGUAUUAAGAUUGUUUAAUGAAAUUGUAAGCGUUACGGUUCUAAAUAUACAUGUUUUAAAAAGAAA